AUGGACAGGUAUCUGCUGUUGUGUACCGGAGUGAGAUUUGAGCUACAAGUCCAGUGUGAGGUGCUACAGCCGCCAAGGUUCGCCCAAGUCAUGAUGGACUUCAACGAGAGGUCGAACACAGACAUCUCCACCAUUGUCUUUUUACCAGAGCGAGUCUCCAUUCGGGCCUCUAUAGGGGCUCAGAAUGAGACACUCAUCAAGAUAAAGGAUGAUGCUGACAAGGCCAUUAUCAGUUUUGGAGCAGCCAAGUUUAGUGUCAGUGAACCCAGUGAGUCAGGGCAAAUCUCAGUGGUCAGGAUUCCGGUCCAGAGGACAGGAGACACAUCCAAGGUGUCUGUGGUUCGGGUCCACACAAAGGAUGGCUCGCUUCCUCUGGAGAAGAUUACCAUCCCAUCUCUGAAGAUGUGGAGUUUAAAGAAGGAGAGACUGAGCACAUUGUGGAAGUGGAAAUUCUGUAUGAUGGCGUACGAGAGAUGAGAGAGGCCUUCACUGUCCACCUCAAACCUGAUGAAAACAUGGUAGCAGAUAUUAAGGUCACGAAAGCCAUCAUCUACAUCGAAGAGACGAACAGUAUGGCUGAUGUGACCUUCCCCUCGGUGCCAGUAGUGGUGUCUCUACUGCAGUACGAUGAUACAAGCAGCACUAGAGAUUCUCAGCCAGUCGCAGGAUAUCCUGUAAUCUGU